CCUCCAGCUAAUCACACAGCUCGAACCCAACCAAAAUCCAAGCAAAAUGUUCGCCAAGAUUGUGCUCGCUGCUCUCUGCGUGGCCUCCGCUCAGGCUGGUCUUCUGCCCUUCCACGCUGCGCCUGUGGCCCUCCCUCUGGCGGCACCAGUGGCCGCAGUGGCCACUGCUGGCGUGGUGGCUCCCUAUGCCUCCAGCUUCAAUGCUCAUCGCAUCAACCAUGCCGUGGCCUACCCCGUGGCACCUGCUCCAGUUGCCUUUGCUGCUCCAGCUCCCGUGCCAGUAGCUGCUCCUGCUCCUGUGUCCUUCGCUGCUCCCGCUUUCGCUGGAUUUGCCGCUCCCGCUCCAGUGGCAUUCGCUGCCCCCACCAAGGUUGGCUUCGGUCUGCCCGCUCUGGCCCCUGCCCCACCCAAGGUCGCCUUCGCCGCACCAGCUCUGGCUCCCGCACCGGUGGCCGCUCCUCUGGGAUUCGCCGCUCCACCAGCGCCCGUGGCAUUCGCUGCUCCCGCCAAGUUCGGCUUUGGCCCGUUUGCGGCUCCCUUCGGUGCGCCAGUGCCCGCUCCCCUGGCCGUGGCACCCAAGUUCGCCGCUCCCUCCCCCUACUUCUUCUAG